AUGGCUCGCAAAAAGGCAACCGCGGAGGAACUCCGGAGGCUGAACAAGGCUCGUGAGUUCAAGCGAAAGAGAAACAUGCUCAAGGCAGCAGGAGCAAGACCGGACAACAAGGGAUUGGAUGUUUGUGCAAUUUGUGACGAUGGUGGUAAUCUAACUUGCUGCGAAGGUUGUUGUCAGAGGGCUUUCCAUCUUGAUAACAAACAUGAUUGCAUCAAAACACUUGGGCUAACUAUAGAAGAUGCAAAGAACAUAAUCGAGAAGGAAGCUUUUAUAUGCAAGAACUGCCAGUACAAGCAGCAUCAGUGUUACAUUUGUGGAUCGUUGGGGUCUUCAGAUGACACUGACACAUCAUCACAAGCUGAGGUAUUCCAAUGUGAGCAUGACGAUUGUGCACGCUUUUACCACCCAAAAUGUGUUGCUCAGAUGCUAUACCCAGAUAGCCACCACAGGAAGUAG